AUGAAGCAGGUAGAGUCAGGUGNGGAGGAGCAGUAUGAAGCAGGUAGAGUCAGGUGUGGAGGAGAGGUGUACAAGAGGAGGAGCAGUAUGAAGCAGGUAGAGUCAGUAACCUCACCCCUAGCCUCAUCCCUGACACAUAAAGGAUGCACACCAAAUCCUUACACAGACGAGGCUCGUUCCCCCCACAAGCAUCCCUCUUCCCCCUACCCCUUCCCCUCUCCUUCCUGUAGAGCUCAAGGUGAGGAAGGUCUAGUGGAGAGGGGCAGCAAUGAGCUGGUCCCACCCCAGCCAGGGUGCACCAGUGUGGGGACAUGCUAUGGAGAGAAGCCCCCUAUCCUGAGUGCAAAACCCAGUCCCAGUCCUAAUAACAACACACAUCCCCUGGGUGUUAGCCUGGGCAGCCCUGUACAGCAGCAAGAUGUGGAGAUGGACCCUUGGGUGUUUUUCCCGAGCCCACCAUCUCACCUGGCGUUGUCAUGGUUACAGAGGCACACCUGUCCGUCUGGCCGAGGUCAGAGGUCGGUGGCUUUAGUCUCCUCCCUCAGUGACUCGCGAUUGGAUGGCUGCCACCGCUGCUGCUAUAACUCUGCCCACUCAGGGGUCAUGAACUUGAUGACGUCAUCACCCCAGGGGUCAGGGUUCAAGGAGGAGGGGACGAUGACAUCACAGAGGGAGCUGGUUGAGGUAGGGGUGCAGGCGGGGUCACCUCUUGGGUCAAAGUUGAACUUUAAGUCAAAGUCCUUCCAGAGCUCCAUAAAGGAUCAUGGGUCGGACAGUAAUCUGGGGUCUCCCCCUCGGUCCCACUCCUACAUUGGCUCCAACUCUUAUCUAGGUUCACAGUCUAUCUUGGGGUCCCCUCCGGGGUCAAGGUUGAACCUGAGGUCAUCGCUUGGCUCCCACUCCAACCUGAUGUCGCCUUCUUCCAGUAUGUUCCGUCUGGACAGCCCUGGAGAGGAGAGUGAGGAGGAGGUGAAGUGGGAGGAGAGCAGCUCUCCCCCGCUGGGGGAGAUGGGGAGGAGGAGGUCCUGUCUGAAGGUGGGGGUACAGGAGGAGRAGAGGAGGAGUGGAGAGAGGGAUCACAGCAAAAGGAGUAGUAUGAAACAGGUGCAGUGGAAUGAAGAGGGACUGACCUGGGAUGUUUACGGAGCCUCCCUGGACCCAGAGGUGCUCAGCUCAGCCAUACAGAAACACCUACAACUCCUGACCAGGACGACAGCACAAACGCAGAAACCACUUCCAAGACCAAUCCCAAGUCAAGGGUAAGAUCAUGUCUAAGACCAAGACCCCUCCCAUGGAAACCGCUACCACGUCAACCCCUGUCACAAACAAAAGAAAGGCCACUUUCAUGGCAACUUCCCCAAUGGCAACCCUUGUCACCACCUUAUCGAUUAAUACCAUGGUGACUGCUGCAUAGA